AUGAUCAACGACAUCCUCUGGCUGCAUCGGAGCAUGUUUACUGACGACGGUGUGUAUGUGGAGGGUGUUGCGAUGUACUCUUUCAUGUCCAUCACAGGUCUGGUUGGAAUAUCCGCCCUACAAAAGGCCUCAUUUGGUUUUGCCCCUGAAGCCGUGGACGAAGAUGCUCUUGUGCGGCUCGUGCGUUUCCACUUGGCCAGCAUGUCGACGGACGCCUACACCGUUGCCUUUGGCGACUCGCACAGAAAGAGAGGGUGGGGAGAUCUGUCGACUCUGCAGGCAGCGCUCGCCCCGAAGAAGAUAGCACGUGAUGCUCCUGCGGAAAACCUGACGCCCUGCGGUGCACGCGAAUACUGCUCAGCCAUGUGGGGCUGUCCAAAAUGUUGGUACGGAAGUGGAGGGCUAUACGAAGAUCCCUGGAGAAUCAGCCCAGACCUGUUGGCACUGAACUUGACGGACCUGGUGGCAUGGUGUUCUGUUUCGUCAAGUCAGCCCUUGGGGGGUCAAUUGCUCAGAGUCUUCAGUGAUGGUGGUUAUGCAUCCAUUCGCACGCCGCUGCUCCCAGCACAAGGUUCCCCUCAUUGCUUUGGCACGGGCAGUGCAGAGAUCUGCGUGCGGAGUGGCCCUUCGCUGGCUGACAACAUCCCCUAUGCCUUCCUGGCAUUGCAGGCGCGGCCGAGCUCGUUUUCGCACUCUGAGGUAGACUUCGGCACGUUUAUUUGGUCCGCUUGGGGUGCGAGGUUGAUAUCGGAGUAUGGCUACGGCACCAUUUCGACGGCUGUUGGCCCCUGGGAUACCCGGAGGUAUGAGUACAUAGACAACAACCCAGCUGGUCACAAUACGGUGGUGGUGCGCGAGGCCUUCAAGGAUGCAGAAGAGCAGAUCAACUUCUCACAGCUACAUUUGGCUGUUGGCAGCUUAGGCUAUUCAGAGGCCCGCACUGAUUCUGAGGAAGGCCGGUGUCUUGAACUGGAUGGAUCUGUUCCCUAUGGAGCUUCCCGAAGCGACGGGUGGUUGGACGUCAUGAGGAGGUACGCGUGUCCUGUGUCGGAUGGUGCCUUCGUUUUGGUGGACCUGCUUGCCGUGAAGCGAAACCGCACGGCGAUGCACAUCUACGGGGCGCAGUAUGGGGGUCCCAACUUUGAUGAGGCAGAGCCUCCGAGCCUACGUUUACACAUCGACGAGUACUUUCACACAGAGACCAGCGCGCCUCUUGCCACGGAUUCCAACGGCAAUCGCCUGGCACAGGAGUUGGAAUUUGACCGGAGCUCAGACCCCAGUGCCUUCAAGUGGUGUUCUCACGUAGAUCCUGUGGUGUUGAAUGCGGGUGCCGUGGUCUUACAUGCAAGAUGCGGGCUUGGAGGUUUCCGUCCGGCGGAUGGAUCCGGAUUGAUCAGUGGCUUCUCCAUCUCCGGCGGCCACUUUGUUUAUGAUGGGCUGGUGACCACAGUGGAUACAUGGAAGCGACCGAACUGGCUGAAGAAGCGGCGCAUUCGAUUCGUUGGCAACUCUACAGUCGGUGCAGAAGGAGAUCUGCGACUAUUUGUUCUGAGCCCCUUCCCGGCGACCCAGAACGACACCCCUGAAAUCAGCUUGGAGUCCUGCACAGAAGAACUGGACUGUCCUUACAAUGCAAGCGUGACCCAGUGUUCCUGUGUGUCCAUGUGCUCCAACUCCAUCCUGCGAUGGGCUGUGGUUCUGCUGGG